AUGACAAACAACAACGCUCGCACGGACACUCCACCAGUUACAGGCCUCCAAGCGCACAAUCACGUGGUCCUCUUCGUUGCACUGAUAAGGCAAGGAGAGCCGGCCAGCGUUAUACUCUGUUUGCAAACCGUGCACUUUGCAGAACUCAUCCGAAUUCACGAUGUCCGGGAGGAUUCAAAUGCAGAGAUCACAUUAAAUCAAGAGGGAUCGCUGUCCGUUCAGCCGAGAGGAACUGUGAAGAUCGGCUGUAGAGUGUCGGGCGCCAACUUCGGAAAUUCUGAUAUAGCAUGGUAUCAGCAGAAACCUGAUGGCGCUCCCCGAUUUCUCCUCUAUCAUGAUCUCAGCCGGGACGUAAAGGGUAUUGGCAUUCCCGAUAGAUUCUCUGGAAGGUCUCAGUCUUCGAGCAACGCCGCAUUUUUAACUAUUAGCAAUGUUCAACUGGAGGACGACGCCGAUUACUACUGUGGCUGGUGGGCGUCAAGAGCGUUUCACUUCGGCGGAGGCACCAAGUUGACUGUAACAGGUGGAAAACUGACCCGUCCUUCGAUUACUCUUCUUCCACCCGCAUCAAAACAGAUCAGUGAAAGACAGAAGGCGACUCUGGUGUGUCUGGUCAAUAAUUUUUCCCCUAGAUCGGCGGAGGUUUCCUGGGAAAUGGACGGCAAUGCCGUGAAGGCUGGUGUCCUGACAACUCGAACCGUCCAGAACAGCGACCAGACCUACAGCCUCAGCAGUUACCUCACCCUGACCGCCUCGGAAUGGAACUCACAUGAAGAGUACACUUGCGGGGUGACACACCAGUCUCUCGGGUCUCCACUGAAGCGAAGCAUUCAGAAAUCGGGCUGUGCGUAAGAGAGAGCCGGCAGGCUGGGUGCGUGGUGUUACUUGUGGUCGGGGACAGCAACGUUCUAUGAUUGUUUCCUUUCCAUUGGCGAGCGGCUUUCGAAACGUAGAACAAUAUUUACAUGAUAAGAAAAAUCACUUUGUAAUUGAGUCCUACAAUCUUUUGUUUAAAUAAAGUAAAAGAUGUUUCUUCUGG